AACAGUCUCAGUGAAUGUUCUCACCUCGCUAUGAUUUAUCAUCGUUGUACGUGCUAUCUCGUGUUCUAUAUAACCCACUAUAAAACUCGUCAACCGUGUGUCGACCUGAUUGACUCUACUUACACUUCCCACUGGAUUGAGAGCAAUGGCGAGCUACAAACUUCACUACUUUGACGUCCGGGGCCGCGCGGAGCUGAGUCGAUACCUCUUUCUGGCGGCAGGAAGGGACUUCGAGGACAACCGGAUACCUCAAGAUGGUUGGUCAAAUGUCAAACCAACGUUAGUGUACGGACAGGUUCCGGUACUGGAGGUGGACGGGAAGCAGCUGGCGCAGAGCAAUGCCAUUGCACGAUUCCUCGCCAGAGAGUUCGAUCUGGCUGGUGCGAACAGCUGGGAGCAGGCGCUGUGUGACCAGACCCUGGAGCUCAUUAACGACCUCAUUCAGGAAGUCGUCAAGUACUUCUUCGAAAAGGACGAGGACAAAAAGAAAGAGAUGGGGAAAAAUUUAGCUGAAGUAGUAUAUCCUAAAUUCUUGGGAUACUUCGAAAAACAGCUCGAAAAUAACGGCGGAAAAUAUUUAGUAGGAAGCGGGUUAACCGUAGCAGAUUUGUCAGUUUAUGCUGUAUUGGAUACGGCCGUGCAGAAGUCGGAAACCUUCUUGGAGAAGAACGAGAAAUUGCGGGCUCACCGAGACAUGGUAGGCGCCAUACCGAAGAUACAGGAAUAUGUCAGCAACAGAAAAAAGACUGACAUCUAGACUUGUAUCGCCAUAAUAACUGAACAAAAUAUAUAUUGUUAACUUAGUAUUAUAUGGUAUGUACAGAUGUUAGUAUAUAUAUAAUGUAUACUUGUAAUAAUUAUACUAUGAAAUAAACAAGUAAACAAA